CACCGAAUAGUAUCUCUCUACAUCACUUCUUCGGUCAAAUAUAAUAUGGGUCAUAUUACAGAAGUAUUGACUAUGCUCCAACUUCCUGUCAUUGCUACUGUAAUCACGCAAGUGUAGCAAUUGCCACGUGUAUGUAUACGGAUACCCUUUCCAUUCGGAAGCGAUGACUUUACUGAGCACCCGAAUGUGAAAAAACACUCCGACGCUCCAGCCAAGUAGUCACACCUCCGUCGUGCUGAAGGAACAGCUCCACCUGGUGUUCUCCAGCACCAUCGCUACUCCGUUCGUGCUGUGGCUCGUUACCUUACUUCUAAGCCAGAAUGUUGGUUACAUGUUGGUUACGCCGGGCACGGGGCCAGCUGCGCUCGAGAAGAUGGCGGCAGGCCCGCCGGCCUAGCUGCGGGGCCGGCAGAGGGGCAGGCACAGACGGGAGCAAGGGGACGGGGACGGCGCGUUUCCCCGCAGCGGCCCACCCUCCCCAGGGCUCCGGGCGUGAGCCCGCACCACGGGGAACUGCCGCGGAGGUUCCCGCGGGGGCGUGGAGCGGUGCGGAGGCGGCCCUGCCACGGCACAGCGCCCAUCGCCUGCUUUACGGCACGCUGCUCCGGCAUUGUCGCGCGACAGCGGCCAGGCGGGCCAAUGGGGAGCCGCGUCCGGCGGGGGGGCCCGCAAAGCGCGGUCUGGGUGGUGCGGCACGCGCGGAGCGGCGUGGAGCGUUGGCCGCGAUGGAAACCAAGGGUAAAAAGAAGUUCGUGGGGAAGAGUGGGAAAGCACCUCGUGGGAAGGCGCUACACGGGAAAAGGAAAUUUAAAAAAGACAAUGAUUCAGGUCCACCAAAGAAACUCCUUAACAAAGGAGAUGAGGAGGGAAAGCCUAAAUCCAUUUCCAAAAAAUUUGUGAAAGGACAGUUAAGACCUGGAAGAGCUAGUGUCAAACAAUUCAAGAAUAAACAGCAAUCAGAAAAGUCUGCAAAGAAGAGGAAGCUCCAGGAUGGUGAAGAGGGAGGGUCAGAGUCUAAGAAGCCGAAGUGGAAUGACUUCAAAAAGAAAAGGAAGGAAUUAAAGCAAAUCAGACAAGUUAAUGAUAAAAGUAAUUAUGACAUAAUUGUAAAAUCAAAGCAAAUAUGGGAAAGUGUGAGAAGGAAGAAAUGUGAUAAAGAGAAGCGAGAAAAGCUAAUGAAUGAGCUACAAAAGCUUCUCCAUGGAAAAAUUAAAAGUCUGGCGUUUGCACAUGAUUCAACUCGAGUCAUCCAGUGCUUUAUUCAGUAUGGUAGCGAGAAGCAAAGGCAGGAGGCAUUUGAAGAAUUGAAAGAUAGCCUAGUAGAGUUGAGCAAGUCAAAAUAUUCCAGAAAUAUCGUGAAGAAGUUUCUUAUGUACGGGACAAAACUACAAGUUGCAGAAAUAAUAAAAAGUUUUAAAGGCCAUGUGAAAAAAAUGCUCCGUCAUGCUGAAGCAUCUGCUGUAGUUGAAUAUGCAUAUAAUGACAAAGCCAUUCUGGAGCAGAGGAAUAUGCUGACAGAAGAACUGUAUGGGAACACUUUCCAGGUUUACAAGACACCAGUUGUCCCAACACUGGAUAAAGUGCUAGAAGCUCAGCCUGAAAAGAGAGAGGCCAUCUUGGAUGAAAUGAAACAGAUUCUUACACCAAUGGCACAAAAAGAGGCUGUGAUAAAGCACUCACUGGUACAUAGAGUAUUUUUGGACUUUUUCACUUAUGCUCUUCCGAAACAAAGAUCCGAAAUGAUAGAAGCUAUCAGAGAGGCAGUCAUCUACCUGGCACACACUCAUGAUGGAGCCCGAGUAGCAAUGCACUGCUUAUGGCAUGGUACUCCCAAGGACAGAAAAGUCAUUGUGAAAACUAUGAAGACAUAUAUUGAAAAAAUAGCAAUGGGUGAAUUUUCUCAUCUGGUCUUGCUGGCAGCAUUUGAUUGCAUUGAUGACACUAAACUUGUGAAACAGUUAAUUAUAUCAGAAAUAAAUGCUUCUUUGCCCGAUAUAAUAAACAACAAGUAUGGGAAGAAGGUCUUGUUGUACUUGCUAAGUCCUAGAGACCCUGCACAUUUUGUUCCAGAAAUCAUCACACUUCUGCAACAGGGAGAUGGAAAUGCCUAUAGUAAGAAGGAUACUGAACUCCGACGCCGUGAACUCCUGGAAGCCAUUUCUUCACCUUUGCUAGAAUAUUUGCAAGAACAUACCCAAGAAGUAGUGAUAGAUAAAACUACCUUUGUCUUGGUCGCUGACAUCUUAAGAACAGCUCCUGGUGACAUACAGCCUGCACUAGAUGCAAUUGCUAAUUUAGCAGCAGAAGAGCUGGUUCCAGGUGGUCGUGAUGGUCAGCUUCAUAUUGCAGAGCAUCCAGCAGGCCAUCUAGUUUUGAAAUGGUUAAUAGAGCAAGAUGAAAAAAUGAGAGAGAGUGAAAAAGAAGUUUGCUUUGGAAGAACAUUGGUGGAACGUGUUGGUAUUGAGAAUAUGAAAACCUGGGCAGAAGUAAAUCGAGGUGCCAUUAUUCUUUGUUGCCUUCUCCGGAGUGCUGAUCAAAAAGUGGCAAAUACAGUCAAAAAAGGACUGAAAAAGCUUGUCCCAAAGUUGAAGCUGAAUAAAAAUGUAAAAGGAAUAGAAGCAUUACUGGAGAAAUUGACUUCUUAGUGUAAAUGAAGCCAAAAAGACAAUUUACAUCAGUGCAACCAACCAAGAGUUGGUAAGAUUUUGCAACAUGGUUGUUUUAAAAAUCAGUGUAUGCAUUUGUAAAUUAAAUAAUUUCUAAAAUGA